AUCACUUCACUCCUUCGCUCGGCUCUCUCCCACUCUCCCUCGUUCCCUCUCUCCGCAGCUGUACAUACUCUGCUUUUUAAUUAGACAGAGAGACACACACAAGCCCCACCUUCUCCUGCCUCCUACUCUCUCUCUCUUUCGUUCUCCCUCCCUCUGCUGACAAGUAUACAAGACUUGUGCGGCGUCACUGAGAGGGAAAGAGAGGUCAGAGAGGGAGAGCGAAAGCGAGAGGGAGACAGAAAGAGAGGGAGCGAACUGAACGGAGCAUCUAAGAGGAUAACUGCCGGUUUGUUCACUGUGUCUCUACUCCUGCUCUCCCUCCCAUUCUGUCUCACACACGUGCCUGCACACACACUCUCUCUCACACACACACACACACACACACACACACACACACACACACACACACACACACACACACACACACACUGACAGUCACCUGCAAAGCCACAGUGCCCAGGCUGGGAGAUGAAGAGGCUCACAGAUGAGGAGAUGAAUUUGGGGAGAAGAGAGUGAAACAGAGGGCACAGCAGACGGAGAGAGAGAGAGGGGGACAGAUGGAGUACUCACUGAUUAUACUAGGGAACGGAGGAUCGGAGCACACAAAGCAGCAGUGAAAGAGAGGAGUGAAAGAAAGAAAGGAAGAAAAAACUGGAGCGAUGUGAAAAUGAAAGAAUUCCAAAGAACAACAAACAGCGAGGAGGAAAGAGAAGAAGAAGCAUGUGAGUGAAACAGUGAAGUGAGAGAAGAGAAGAAGAGGUGGUGUGUGUGACUCCUCUGUUCAGUGUCCUGAAGGAUAUACCGAGCAUCACUUUACUUCUACCCAAACAGCCCACGACAGAGGGAGAGGAGGACUAGUCCCAGGAGAGGAGAAAAAAGAAAAACAGAUAAUCGGAGGGCAGGUGUAAAAUAGUGAUAUAAGGAAUACAUGCUCUUGGUUGGUGCAGUGGAAUAUCUGGAACCCGGGCUAUUCUGUUAUCCUGCACAAUGAGUGGAAGAUGAGUCACUGAGAAGAGGUACUGGAAGAGAGAGAGAGAAGGAGAUAAUGUGAGAGAGGAAGAUAGACCAUUAUGGGGAGUCACACAGUGCUGUCCCACAUCUUACCGAUCCAUUCUUCCUCCAGCCCCCUGGGACAAUGCUAAGCGGACAGGAAGGGCCAGCCUGUAUAUUCGGGGGAUGGGAAGGAUGGAUAAGGUGUAUUCAGAGGAGCUGUGCCUAUUCGCCGGUAGAUACAGUGCCCCUGUCACGAUUCCAUCUCCUGGGAUGUUAUUAGAGGUACGUUGGAGCUGAGUGCAUCCAGGAGUCAUGCAACAUAACUGUGUGCCCUGUUCUCACGCUCACCUCUCUCUUCUGGGUCUUCUGACUUAUUUAAUGUGAAAUAACAUGUCCUCUUUUAGAUGUAGAUUUUGUAUGAGGCAUACUUUAAGUUGGCACUUGCUCCCAUGUUUAAUGUGCUGACAUUAUUAUACUUUUCAUGCGGCUAUAUAGACCUGCUCUUUAUUAGGAAAUCAGGAAGCUGAGUGGACGAAAAUUAUAAGUAAAUUAAGUUCUGAGGACUAUGAGAAUCCGGUUCACCCUGAAGUCUUACUUUAUGACGUUAAAGCUCAGAAUACAGUUCUCUCUAUCCAUAGUCUGAGCAAAGUACAGACCUACACACACACACACACACACACACACACACACACACACACACACACACACACACACACACACACACACACACACACACACACACACACACACACACACACACACACACACACACACACACACACACACACCUGAGAAAGGACCAGUCCUAUGGAGUGCUGCAGAAGGGGGAUGGCGGGACGGACGGCACUGCAGUGUGACAGUUAUCUCAAAUCACCUCUAUGAGCACUCAAACCAACAAGCUACAGCUGUCUCCAGAGAUCUGCUUGGUGAUGGAACUCCAGCUCAACAAAUGUGACAUUACAUGUAUCCCAUUGUCAUUGUCAUAGAGAAGAAACGAAUUGUCAACAGACAAAUUGCAUUGAGAUAGAAUAGAAUUACUCCCUACUCUCUGACAGAGGAUUUUAUCACGUCAAACGGCCUGCAGGGACUGUGGAUGUCGGGGGGAAGAACAAGACGCCACAGGAGACAUGGUGAGCAAAGAGCCGAAUCACUUGCUCAUUGGCCAAUACACCAACAGCAAGACCGCCGACAAGCCGCCUGGCGCCAUGACUGUGCGCUCCGUGCUGCUCAACCGCGACUCGCCGGACAUCGAGAGCCGCCUCAAGCGCCGCCGCAACCGCACCCACCAGGUGCGCUUCAAAGACCUGGAGGAUGGCGUUGUCGGCGGGACCACUGGCGCUGGAUCCAAGGGCCCCGAGAGGUCUGCCGCUGAGCGUGACAGCCCCCACCCCCUGCGGAAGAACACCCCCAUGAGCCCCAUGGCCCCCCAGGGAUGGCUAACAGAGAGGUCAAUGGGGGUCGAGGUGUCCUCCAACCAGGCCUCGGUGGUUGGGGCUGUCCGAGGAGAUAUGGCAGAUACUAUUGAGGUAGUGGCAGCGUUUUUGGCUCGGGCACCCCCUCACCCGCUCACCCCGGGGCCCACGCGCCGUUGCUGGGCACCACCAUCGCCCCCACGGCCUUGCUCCCUCACACUACCUCUCUCCCAGAGGCAGUGCGCCAGCAUGGCCCUCCCAACCUCCUCCUGCCUCAAGAAGCCCAAGCCUCCGGCGCCCUCGGCCGUCAGCACGCGCAACCGAAAUGUGGGGGACUCAGUGGGGGUGAAUGGGGAUGACGAACAGGACGAUAAAAAGGAUGAGUACUACACUACCCGCAACCACAUUUCAGAACCUGCAUCUAUAGAUGGAAACGGCCCUGGGUCUAAGGCUAAACAGGGAUUGGUGGACCAACCCCAGUGCCUCAGGACUAGCAAGGCUAACGCAGAGGCUAACGCUAGCUCCCCUGCUGUUGGCAAUCACAUGGACUCUUCCAGGCAUGACUCUUCUUCUUCCCCUCCCCCAGUUUGGCUUCGGCACACAGCAGAGCCUUGCUACUGCGGUUCUGUGACCUGUGGGAGGGAGGGGUCUAAACGCCAGGGGAGUGCAGCUCUGUCCCAAGUGAGGAGGAGAUGGCGCAUGAAACGUGGUAUCAGUGACCCGGGGAGGGAGGUGUCCUACUGUACCACUCCCACACAGACAGACAGUCCCUGUGUCUCCCCUCCUAACUCCCCACCUCCCUCAACUGUGCAGCCCUGCACCUCCCCACCUCCCUCAACAGUGCAGCCCUGCACCUCCCCACCUCCCUUAACUGUACAGCCCUGCACCACCCAAACACAAACUGACAGUCUCUGUGCCUCCCCGCCUCCUCCCACCGUGCAGCACUGCGCCUCCCCACCUCCCUUAACUGUACAGCCCUGCACCACCCAAACACAAACUGACAGUCUCUGUGCCUCCCCGCCUCCUCCCACCGUGCAGCACUGCGCCUCCCCACCUCCCUCGACUGUGGAACCCUCCACCCCCAAAACUCAGACUGUGCCUCUCUAUGCUUCCGUACCUAAAACUGUGCCAACCUCCACCCAUCCAUAUUGUGAAACACCACCACUGGUGGUUCUGCCUUGCGCCUCACCCCGGUCCAUCUGUACAUAUCCCCCGAAAAAAUCUGUGCUUCCUCCAACUGUUCUUCCAUCUAAAGCUCAAACCACUCCACCUCUCGCUACACAAACUGAAACUGUCCCACCCAAACCAACAUGCACCGCCACAGCUACAACCACAGCCUCAAAUCCAAAUUGUCCCACCGCACCACCAACUCCAACGAUAGCCCCCUAUACAGCCCCUAAUUGCCAUGACCCAAAACCAACUCCUGUUCUAGCCCCCUCCACUGCCCCAACUUGCCCCAUCCCAACACCAACUCCAAAUAUAGCCCCUUGCACCAUCCUAACACAAACUGCCCUAUCCUGCUCUUCCUUAAAUCAACUCAUAUCUCCACCUCCAACUGUGACAUCAUGCCACCCCCCAGCCCAAACUGCCCCUCCCUACAUCUCCUUAAUUCAGACCAUACCACCUGGGAACCCCCCAUGUCAGACCGUACCACCCUGCUCCUCCCAACCUCCAGUAGUACCUUCCUACUCCGCCCACAUUCAAAUAAAAUACUGCUCCUCUCCCUCUCCCAUUGUAAAAAGCUGCAACUCCCCGCCUCCAAUGGUAAAAUCCUACCAUACACUUCCAACAGCGCCAUCUUGUGCAACUCCAAUAAAAACUGUGCCCCUCUACGCUUCCACGUUUCGCCCUGCGCCCCCCUACACCCCCCCACCUCAGGCCCAACACUGCAGCACUCAGGACAAGAGGGUGAUAGAGUGGGAGUUUAGGGGGGAGAGGAGGAUACUUCCACCACCACCCCCGCCCCCUCCCCCGUACACCCCACGCAAAGAGGGGGUGAGUUGCACCCCAGGCUCGGCCUGCCAGGCGCCCCUGCUCAGGCGGGCGAGUGAGAAGGAGAGGUCAGGAAGAUCAGGGUCACCCCUGCCCUGUCCUCGAGCCAGCUCUCUGAAACACAGAGCUCAAACACCCUUGGCGAACCCACUGGAAGGGAACCAGGUAGACCAGGGCUCCUCGCCCACCAAGGCCAUCUCCAGACCCACCUGCCUGGGCCAGGCUCAGGCUCAGCUAGGGGCUCAGCUUGGGGCCCUCCAUAAAAUGCUCUGCUCUGGAACCAACACCCCAAACAGCCAGCAAGCUCUCCCCCCUGGCCAGUGCCUGUCCGGGGCCCGUGGCUGCUCUGGUACUGGAGGGGGCCCCACGGUUGGGCCCCUGACCUCCACCCAGGCUGACACCCUGAGGCAGGUGCAGGAGAUCCUGGGGGGGCUGGUGUCGGGGGCCAGGAGUAAACUGGAUCCGACCUGGGUAGCAGAGAAACUGAUGGGCCCCAACGGGCCCCUGCACGACAUCCGGAGCCUGCAGACCCAGCUGCACAGCAUGGAGGGGGUCCUGGAGACUAGCCAGAACACCAUCAAGGUCCUGUUGGACGUCAUACAGGACCUGGAGAAGAAGGAGGCAGAGAGAGACGGGAGACACUCCUACCGGACGGGUCAGGACAUAGAGAACUGUGGCACGUGCAGAGACUGUGCCUGCAUCAUAUACAGUGUGGAGCAUGACUUCCGGCUGCAGGAGGGGGCAGUAACGCGCACGUGGAGGGUAGGAGACCCUCCAGAGGGCUCCCCCCUAGCAGCUGUGACCCCCCAGCCCACCACGCCACACCGCCAGGACUCACCCCUGCCGGUGACACCGGCACGCCCCCCUCACAGCGGCAAGAAGAGCCGGAAGAAGUGCUUUUGGUUCUUGUGAAUUUGAAAAGGGGAAGAGUAGGGAAGGACAUAAUGAAUUAGGACACUCCUUCUAAAGACUGCGGAGGACUGAGUGGUAGUGUGUGGAGUCCCGAUAUGGAAGGAGAGAGAAAAAUACAACGGACGCUCAAAACAAGUGUUAGAAGAAGCAGCAAACGAGGGAAAAUGAAAAAAAAGUGAGGUAUAAAAGAGCUAUUAAAGAGGUAUGAAGGCAGUUAAAGGACCUGGAAGACCCCUAGUGUGGUGAUGAAUGGAAUCUGUUUUGAUCCUGACGUGUUUGAACUGUAUAGAGUGGAGAGUGGAACAUGCAUGUGUAGUAGUUGCACCGAAAUGCCUCUUCAGCACCUGAGAUCAGUUGUUCGUGCGGGGAGGGAUGCACUGUAAAAUGUGCUGAGGCCUUCUGAAAACUUCACCUACCUGGUAGGGGCAAUUAUAGAAAUGAAAGUGUAGAAGAUGAAAAGAAAAGGUAAGGAGAAAAGAAAGGAUAAGGAAGUGACUAAGUGUAAAAGGCUAGGGAGUGAAAAAACGAGAGGAAAAGAAUGAGUGUACAGGGAGAAGAGAGGAAGGAUCCAUCCUCAUCACUAAUGGACAAAUGAGGGUCAGAACACCAGCUUUUAUAUCCAGAGAUGUUUCAGCCAAUCAAUUAUUAUGAUGACCUUCCUUUAAAACUUUUAAGAGAAUAGAUCAUUCAAAAACUACACACACAUACAGUCGGGCUGAGAAAUGCACCACAAGAAAAAGUGAGGGUAAAAAAAAAAAGAUUAAAGUGUACAUAAAACAGAGUGUUCUACUGCUUGAAUUGCUAUAUUUGAGAUACGGAUUACUGGUCUAUAAACUAUUUUACCACAA